AUGGAGGAUCAACCUGUUGCUCCUGAACCAUUGGAUCGUGGGUCGUGGGGGCCCCAAUUGAAUCUCGGGUGUGGCGAUGAAUUUGUUAAGCAUCAAGAUAUCAAAGACCAAGGACACCUAGUGUAUGAUUCUGUUAAAAUCCACUAUACCAACCGAACCUCCGACCGCGAGAGAAUACUCAACAUACUCUAUGCGAACCACUUAUCCCACACCGGAACAGCGCAUUCUUCUCCUAACCUCAACUACAUCCAGAACUCGAACAUGCCAUACAAACAAUUCCACAUCACCGAACAACCAGGAUGCCACCACUACAACGUAACAACAACAGCCACAACCGACAACAAACAGCACCUCUUCCUCGAAAACUCACCCUUCGACAACACCCAGCCCGAUCUACGCAUGCACCUCGGCCCCGAUACAACGGGCCCCAUCAUCGGUACAUCAAAGUACAAACGCUUCUCACAAGACUGUCAAAUCUCCCUCGAAGAAGACUUCGACAACCGCGACAGUAAUUGGGUAAACACAACUCUAUCCAAGAAAGGCUAUCUAUCACCAAGCUAUGUAUUCCAAGCACAUCUAUAUGGUGAACUAGGUCGAUUCUCGUGGGAGAAGACGCACUCGAUGGGGAGUCAUGCAACGCCACUGGGGAAUUUGAAGUUGGUUGAUGAGUCGAGUGAUGAUGUUUUAGCUGUGUUUUCGUCGGAGUCGUAUUCGUUGGUGCCGGGGUGUGUUGAAAUGUGUGGGGAGUUUGGGGAGGAGUUUGAUCGGUUGGCGCUGUUGACGGGGGUGUCGGUUAGAGAGAAGCAACGGCGGGCACAGAGUAGGUCUAUGAGGCAUGGAAAGGAUUAUGUGUUUACGGCGGGGGCGGCGGGGGUCGGGAUGGGGAUGGGGAUGGGUGGGGGGAGUUGA